CAAACCCUUAUAAAUAGUAGACACAAAUCCUCACAUUUCAAUCACAAAAAUGAAGACUUUUGCAGCUUUUUUGCUACUUUGUGUGAGCACUGCUCUCGUUUCCUCCACCACAGACAAAUUGGUGUGUUAUUGGGGCACGUGGUCGACCUACCGCUGGGGCAAUGGCCGCUUCACCGUCGACCAUAUCGACCCCCAUUUGUGCACCCAUAUCAUCUAUACCUUCGUGGGACUCCAACCCAAUGGUACUGUAAAACAUUUGGACGAGUAUUUGGACGUGGAUGCUGGAACCAUAGCCAAAUUGAACGGCCUUAAGUCCCAAAACCCCAAUUUGAAGACUUUAAUUGCAAUCGGGGGGUGGAACGAAGGCUCCGAAACGUACUCCAAAAUGGCCGCGAGUCCCACCAAACGGGCCACAUUUAUCAAGAGUGCCUUGAAUUUAGUCCAAACGUGGGGUUUCGAUGGAUUUGACCUUGAUUGGGAGUAUCCAGGGCAACGAGGAGGCGCUGUUGCCGAUAUAGAGAAUUACGCCACCUUGAUUAGGGAGUUUCGGGAGGUUUGGGACCAGCAUGGGUUGAUUUUGACGGCGGCUGUGGCCGCGGCGGGGCCCUCAGUGGACUUGUCCUACCAUGUACCAUCGUUGAGCAAGUAUCUUGAUUUUAUUAAUGUGAUGGCGUAUGAUUUGCACGGGUCGUGGGAGGCUGUGACUGGACAAAAUGCCCCACUUUUUGCCUCCUCCAUUGAUGUGGAGGGGAGUCAGAGGUUACUCAAUGUGGAUGCGGCGAUUCGAGGGUGGAUUGAGAGAGGGGCGGAUCCUCAAAAAUUGGUUUUAGGUUUGGGGGUUUAUGGGAGGAGUUUUACACUCGCCAAUGCGAGUAAUAAUAAGUUGGGGGCCCCGAUUGUGGCGGGGGGGGAUGCUGGGAAGUAUACAGGGGAGCGUGGGAUGAUGGGCUAUAAUGAGAUAGUGGAAGCUCAACUCGCAGGUGGCUGGACCACAGUAUGGGACGACGAACAGAAAACACCCUAUAUGUACAAAGGAACCCAAUGGGUCGGUUACGACAACCCUAAAUCGAUCGCAAUUAAGGUACAAUAUGCCAAAUCCAUGAACCUAGCCGGUGUCAUGAUUUGGUCCAUCGAAACCGACGAUUUUAACGGCCUCAGUGGUACCAAGUACCAAAUUUUGAACGCCAUUAACGCCGCUUUGAAAUCCGAUGAAAUUCCCUCUGAACCUGAACCAAUCCCGACUCAGGCCCCUGAACAUGAACCAACUUCUGAACAAUCGACUCAUGCUCCUGAGAAACCUGAGCCGACUCAAAGUACCAAACUCCCCGAACUCGGAAAUGGGAUUUGCACCAAGGAAGGGAUUGUGAGGGAUUCAAAUGACUGUUCCAUUUACUACCAUUGUGUUUCUAAUCGUGAUGGGUUGGUUGACAUCCAGAUGAAAUGCAGCCAUGGGUUGGUCUACGACCUUGAACUUAAUAUUUGUAAUUAUCCUGAAAUUGUUCAGUGUUGAGUUGGGAAAUAAAAAUUUAUGAAGCAA